AUGAAUCGCGUCGGCAUCCUCGUGGCCGUCAGUGUUGUGUUGUAUGGGUGGGGGCUAGUGCAUGCAGACUGCCCCAACACUUGCAGUGGCCAUGGCACGUGCACGACCAAGGGCAACGGCUACUUCUGCUCGUGCUACAAAGGCUUCACAGGCGGCGACUGCUCUCGACGCACGUGUCCGACCGGUCCGGCGUGGAACGACCUCGCAAUCGCUACCGACCGCGCGCACCAACCGGUCGUGUGCUCCAAUCGAGGAACCUGUGACUAUACCUCGGGAGUUUGCACCUGCGACGCCGGUUUUUCAGGGCUUGCGUGCAAUCGAAUGAGCUGUCCGAACGAUUGUGGCAAGCAUGGCGAAUGCCGAUCGAUGAGACUCAAUGCUCAGCGCAAGGACAAAGGAUUGCCUCCUUCAGUCAUCUACGAUUCGGUCUGGGAUAGCGAUAUGGUACACGGCUGCGUGUGUGAAGGCGGCUAUGGGGGCGGUGACUGCUCUCAACGUCUUUGUGCAACUGGGGACGACCCGCUCACGGGAGCCUCUACAGACUCGCUGUUUGGCUUCCAAAAGAAUGAGAAGCAAACGGUUUACUGCGCUGCAACGAGCGGUACACUAACUCUGUCAUACCGGGGUCAAACGACAAUCCGUAUUGAUGCUUCAGACAAUGCCGAUGCCGUGAGCAAAAAACUAAAUGCACUGUACACACUGCAAAAAGUAAAUGUACUCUUCGGUGGUACCAGCACAACCAUGUGCACUGCAGACGGCAACAUGGUCACUGUUGAGUUCACGCAAAACUUUGGACCGUUACCGCUUCUCGUCGGGGAUUCGUCUCUACUGGUACACGCUGGAAUCGGCAUGACGCCCAAACUGACGAUUUCGAAAGCUGAUGUCGGCUCGAAGGAAAACGAGGCAUGCUCCAAUCGUGGUCGCUGCGACUUGACUUCGGGCGUUUGCACUUGCUACGUCGGCUACACAACGAGUGAUGGAGCGGGGAACCCCGGUGACCGCGGAGAUUGCGGGGCUACGGAUUCGACCAUCAUUGCAUGCCCGGGCGAUACUGCUUGCAGCGGCCACGGAUAUUGCUCAGGAGCCCCUCAGUUCCGCUGUUUCUGCGUAGCUGGGUGGACUUCAGGAGAUUGCUCAGUCCGGACGUGCCCCGAAGGGAUCGCCUGGUUUGACACGCCCAUAGCGGACAACCGCGCCCACUCGAUGGCAGUAUGUUCAGGGAUCGGCGUUUGUGAUGUUUCACUGGGUGAGUGCGCAUGUCCUCUGCCGUUUGAAGGUGCUGCCUGUGAGCGCCUCAUGUGUCCUCCUGGCGGCGGUGACACACCCUGCAACGGCCACGGUCGAUGCCUUACGAUGGCCGAGUUGGCGCUGGAAGCUCGCAACUUUCUCGGCGAUCCGUUGAGCGUCACGUACGGCAGCACUCCAAACAAUCCACUCACGUGGGACUUUAACAAGAUUCAGGGCUGCAUCUGCGAUGACGGGUUCGAGGGGCACGAUUGUGCUCGACGCUCAUGCCCUCGCGGUGAUGACCCAAGAACAAUAGGCCAAACGCGUGAGGUGCAAACUAUCACCUGCGUAUACACAGCACUAGCCACUUUCACGCUCAGUUUCCGCGGGCAAGUGUCACCAGUGCUGUCGUCCAAUAUGUUAGCGUCAGACUUGCAGGCCGCACUCGCCUCCGUUUCGACAAUCGGCAACGUGCAAGUAUCCUACUCCGCAGGCCCUACUAGCGGCGCAUGCACGCUCAGUAGUCAACCGGUGAACACCAUCUCCAUCACUUUCAUAUCCGCGCUCGGCGAUCUUCCACCUCUGAAAGUGAACGCAGAUCGCAACACCGUCUUGCUUCCAGUGUUUACUAUCAACAGCGACGGGAUCAGCGGCUCCGUUCGAGGCACAAACGAGAACGCGGAAUGCUCCAACAACGGACUUUGCGAUUACUCCACUGGAACGUGUCAGUGCUUCGAUGGCAUGGCAAGCAGCAACGGUCUGGGUGGCCUGGGGCUACGAGCAGACUGCGGCUUCCUCGUACCAGAAGUUGACAGACUAGCAGACGUGAGCGAGAUUUAG